AUGAAAUACACCACUCAAGAUUUCCACAAUGAAAGGAAACAAUAUUUUCCGAGUGGCCCUUUUGUCAUAUAUUAUUCUCACUAUCGGAGGAAAGGAGCUCAAAUCCACAAAUAGUGGAGAAAACACAGGUCUAACAUUCACAAAUCAACAAGUUAAUAAGACUGUUCAGACAGAAGAUGGUGAUAUAUACGAUUGUGUUGACGUCAAUCAACAGCCAACCUUUAAACACCCGCUGUUCAAAGACCAUGAAAUUCAGAUGGAACCAAGCUCUUCCCCCAUAAGGUUGGAUAUCAAAUCGCCACUGGUAGCUGCAGUCUCACAUGCACAGUUGUCUACCAUCGACUGCCCCAUAGGAACAAUUCCAAUUCUGCGUAACAACAAACUGGACACCACGAUGGUGCAAGGUAUCAGCACGUUGGCUAGCAAUGAUUUACAACAACUGGUAGCAGGAAUCAAAUAUUGGGAUGAGAUAUACGGAUCACAGGCGUCAAUAAAUGUCUAUGAACCAAAAGUGAAGCAAGAUAGCAAUGAUCUUAGUGCAUCAUGGAUACAAAUUGGUAGUGUGCCAAAGGUAGGCAAAGGAGUUGGGAUAGGUGCUGGGUCAUGUGUUUAUCCAAGCUUCAGUGGCGACAGCUUUGCUAGGUUCCAUAUUUCUUGGGAUAAUGAAGAAUUGAAAAAAAAUUGUAUUGAUCAUAAUUGUCCUGGUUUCGUGCAAGUUAGUCGCAGUGUUGGUCUUGGAGGAAGAGUACAUCCUAUCUCCGUCUAUAAUGGACCACAAUAUGUAAUAGAUGUUCUUAUUUUUAAGGAUCCAAAGACUAAGAAUUGGUGGCUAGCAUAUGGUUCAAAUAAUACACCUAUUGGAUAUUGGCCGAGUUCACAAUUUUCAUCCAUGAAGGACAAAUGUAAUUUUGCAUUUUGGGGUGGAUAUGUUCAAGGUCCAACAGCUUCUUCGGACCCACCACAAAUUGGUAGUGGGCACUUCGCUUCUGAAGGAUUUGGCAAAGCAGCUUUUGUUAGGAAUAUUCAAGCUAUUGAAGAUGAGAACAACAAGCUGGUUACCCCAAGCAUCCGUAGUGCCCAUCCUCGAGACGACAAUCCAAAAUUAUACACCUAUGAUGACUAUGGACUUAAUGAUGAUAGUAUGCAUGUAUACUACGGUGGACCGGGCAAAUAUAGCUAAUGGUGUGCUUUGCAAACUGUAGUAUCAUAAGUUUUUUUAUUGGAAAUAAUGAGAUUCAAAGGCUACAUAUGUGGCAUCAUAA